AUGAUGCGGGUGUACAUUGGACAUCUUCUUUUUCCUCCCAAGAGGUCAUUUUUUUCACAAGCAUCGUGUAGUCGCGGGGACGACGAAGUUGGUAUUGUUUCGAGGGGCGACGCCAAACGCUUUAAAGGUGAGGGGUGGGCUACUGGCGUCAUGGAAAUGACAGAUGUUUCAUCGUUUCAAGUCUCUGCUGCUUCCAUCACGGAAGCCGUGCUGAAAGCAUUUGAGCCAUGGGUGGGGCAGCAUGAGAAGAUCAAUGGUAGACCACACAUUGACGUCCAUGUUCAUGCCGCCGGUAAAGGUGCCUCGUUUUGCCUGGUUCCAGGCAUUCUUGCUUUGUCACUCACAACGUCGGCGUGUACUGCUAUAGAGUGCCCGGAAAAAGUAAGGAUGGCGGAUAUGGAGGCAGCAGCAAGAUAUCCGCGAAUCACCGCGGUAUCACUGGAGUCUUUUAAUGGAGAAGUUUGGGAUGAGCUGCCGGUGUAUUGGGAGGAGCGGCAGGUCAUGGUGACAAACACCCUUACAGAAACGGCGAUGACACAGGUGGCGGCGAAUUGUUGCGUUUCCCCUGCAAAGGAUGAAACGUUGCAUGGUGAAGAGACACUGAUGGAAGAGCGUAUACUUGUGGUGGGCGCGGGAGGCAUUGGCUGCGAGUUACUAAAAGUUCUUGUCUUGUAUGGCUUUCGCAAUCUGGAUGUUUUUGAUCUUGACACAAUCGAUGCCACGAAUUUGAACCGUCAAUUUUUGUUUCAAAAGGAGGACGUUGGUGCAUCCAAAGCAGAUACCGCGCGCAAGGCAAUACUAAACUGGUUCACAUCGACAUAUUCAGAACGAAUGUUGCCUGUCAUUCGUGCUCAUCACGCGGACAUUAAGAAUGAAGCGUACGAUGACGCUUUCUUUUCUCAGUUUUCCCUUGUGCUGAAUGCACUCGAUAAUGUUUCGGCGCGUCAACAUGUGAAUCGCAUGUGUAUGCGCACAGACGUUCCUCUUAUAGAGAGCGGCACGAUGGGCUACAAUGGCCAGGUGCAGCCCAUUAUACGCGGCCUGUAUGAGUGCUACGAUUGCCAUCCAAAGGCAGCAAACCAAAAGACCGUCGCCGUUUGUACCAUUCAUGCACGGCCCACUACCAUGGUCCACUGUGUGCACUACGCGAAGGAGUUAUAUGAGCGACUUUUUGGUGAGGGAAAGCGGGAAGAGAAGGAUGAGUUUGCCUUUGUUGAUGCAAUUAUCACCCAACAGGAGGAAGAACUGCAAGGCGAGGUGGACGCUUGCGAUGGUGGUUUAAGUAUUUGUGGCAUGGCGGCUGUUCUGGCAGGAUCUCUGUUUCACGAAAAAAUUCAAGAAUUGCUUAGUAUGAAGACUGUGUGGGCGACGCAGCCGCCUGUGCCACUUUCGAAGGAUCUCAUUCAACGAAUGGCGGAACAAAUGUCAGUUGAUGCCACAAGAGUGAAAUCGCUUCACAUUCUACGGGAUACCUCGUUGUGCCUUGAGGACACUGUAUCACUCUUUCUGGACGCCUUCACACGAUGUGUACGACGUGGCAAUCGGCAUGCCUUUUGCAAGGAAGACGACGAUGCGGUUGAUUUUGUGGCAGCUGUAGCAAACUUGCGUGCUUUUGUUUUUCACAUUUUCCCCCUGCAGUCAGUGGAGGAGAUACGCAGUAUUGCGGGCGCCAUUGUGCCAGCCAUUGCAACGACAAACGCCAUUGUGGCAGCGGCGGUGGUGCAGCAGGCGCUUUGUGUGCUUGGCAUGAAAGAAACGACAUGCCGUUUUGGAAAGCCACAAAUGGUGUACGUGCGACGCGUGCCGCAGGUACGACGCCGUCCUUUCCCAGACCCCUGCGGUUGUAAUAUUCAUGUCACACAUGGCUCUGACCGUAAAGGAGACUCCAGCAGCGACGACAAAACCAGCAAGAAAAACGAUGCAAUACAAAAACGGUGGGCAACGGACCUUUUUCUCGUGCACAGUGCACCACCCAGCCUGCCGAGCAGCAAUUGUCUUGUCUGCCGUGAGCAUUAUCCUACCGUUCGUGUGUUUCUGGACGCCACUCACACAACGCUUGGGCAGUUUCUCUGCACUGUGCUACGGGAACGUCUGUCCAUGACGGCAGCAUCUGUCUUCUGUGGUGCAAAUGUGUUGUACGAAGAGGACGAGUACGAGGCUCUGGCAAUGACGCCGCUUGCGGACCUGAUGACUGCUGCAGACAGGCCGCUGGAACUUCUUGUCGACGAUCUCAAUCACGAGGUGGAGUGGCGGCUUGUGGUUAACCACAGUCCUGCGAUUGAGGGGAGUGAUGCAGUGAAACUGGAGGGAAUUGACGCGGCACUCCAGUUGGAGCAAAAACUUGUUGCGGAUUCAAAAAAGAAUGCUGCUGCUGAAAACGAUAAUGGUAAUGGUGAUCGUGUUGUUCCCACCAAGACCGGCGGCGUGGAGAACGACGACGAAGACGAUGUUGUCGAUUCCCCUUCCCUGAACGUGACGGAUGCUGCUGCGGGAAAUAGGGCGACAGUGACGGUGGUGCUGUCAGACUCCGACGGGGAUGAUGUCGAUGUCGUGGAGAUUGAAUGA